UUUCAGACGGCCGCCCUCCAGCUGCAUCCGCCCUUCUGCGCUCUGAAGCCGUCUGCACAAAGCUCCAACACAGCUUCCCGCCCAUCUUUGCACCGAUACCUCCCUGCAAUUCUGCGCAAUGGCGAGCAUUAUUCCUGCAGGCGUCUAUGGACUGAGAGUCCCGGCGGGCGGUAGGCCCAUCCCCGCCUCGAUGGAUCCCUCUGUAGCAUUCCGCAUUACCAUGGCUGCGAUCGAUCCGACCGCUGAAGCGCAGGUCGAUGACACUUACAAGGUCGCACGCGCGACUCUAAAGCUCAUUCGUGUCCCCGACGAUGAGGACGACGAUGACGAUGACUAUGAUCCCGACGACGUCGAGGCCAUCAGGGCCAGGCUGCGCGAGGAGGGUGUUCUCGGCUCCUCCUCCUCCUCCGACAUGUCUGAGGAUGAUGAUGACAGCGAUGAAGAAAUGAACGGCGGCCCAAGCGACCCUGCCAAGUCCAAGAAGGCGAAGCAGGAGGCGCUGAAGAAGAAGAUCCAGGAAGAGAUGGAAGAUGAAGAGAUGCUUGGCCUCACAAACGGUGUCAACGGCAAGGGCAAGGCCAAAGCCCUCAAUGGAGAUAUCAGCAGCGACGAAGAAGAGGACGACGAGGACGACGACGAGGACGACGAUGAAGUGUCAGAGCUCGUCGUUUGCACUCUUGACCCCGAGAAGCACUACCAGCAGCCCUUGGAGAUCACCGUCCGCGAGGGCGAACAGAUCUUCUUCUCUUCCAAUGGUACCCACGACAUCUACCUUACCGGCAAUUUUGUUGCCAUAGAUGAGCACGACCACGACCACGAUGAUGAUGAGGACGAGUAUGGCAUGGGUGGUCUAGACUACGAUAUGUCCUCGGACGAGGAUGAGCUUGAUGACAUCUCGGAAUCUGAAGACGAUAAGCUCGAUGGACUCCAGGACCCUCGCAUCACUGAGGUCCAAUCAGAUGAAGAGGACGCCCCCAAACUAGUUAAGACCGAGAAGAAGGGCAAGAACAAGCGUCCGGCCGAUUCCGAAGACGAGGAGGAGGAGGAGGCUACUACCCUUGACGAGCUGAUCAGCAAGACCAAGGCCGAAGCUGCCACGAAUGGCGAGCAGAAGCUGAGCAAGAAGCAGGCAAAGAAGCUGAAAAACAAUGAGGGACAGGCUGUCGCCGCUGCUAAAGAGCCGGCCAAGAAGGACUCCGCGAAAGAGAAGGCCGAGACACCCGGAAGCGACAAGAAGAAGGUGCAGUUUGCCAAGAAUUUAGAGCAAGGCCCCACGGGAUCGCCGAAGGUGGAAGAACCCAAGAAGGAGACUCCCAAGGGCCCGAGGAAUGUCAAUGGUGUGGUAAUCGAUGACAAGAAGGAUGGCAGGGGCCGGGCCGCGAAGAAAGGCGAUCGGGUCGAGAUGCGGUAUAUUGGCAAGUUGAAGAACGGCAAGCAGUUCGAUGCCAACAAGAAGGGAAAGCCUUUCUCCUUCAAGCUCGGUGUUGGCGAAGUCAUCAAGGGCUGGGACAUCGGUGUCGUGGGCAUGAUGGCCGGCAGUGAGCGCCGCCUUACCAUACCCGCGAAGCUCGCAUAUGGCAACAAGGCCCAACCCGGCAUUCCCGCCAACUCGGAAUUGGUUUUCGACAUCAAGUGCAUCUCCGUCAGCUAGACGGGUGCGUCCACAUCUCCUCGACCGUACGCACACACGUCCCACUUCGCUCAUGUACAACGCCACGGACUCCACUCCUGCGCAUUCGGCUCGCGCAGGGUUCAACCUGCAGUGCGCCAGUGCGCCUCGAUUCCCUGUCUCUUUCAUCUGAUUUCACUGCAUAGCGCUACGAGAUAUCCGACUUGCAUAGUCUACUUUUCUUAUUAGAUUCGUGCAGGGAGGAAGGAUUUCUCAAUAAUGCCUCCAUGUCCUUUCUCUCGUCUGCCAUUCUGUCGAUGUCUGUCGGAGGAGUCGUUUGGCAGGGUUGUCUGGUAUAGCGAGGCGGCAUUGCCAGCAUAUGGCAUAAUGUCGCUGAGGAUGCUAUUUCUAAAAGUCAAGGAGUCCGUGGUCUGCUCCUGUCUCUGUGUAGUGAAUAGAUACAUGUCUCAUAUGGCUGCUUUUGGCUGUUGCGACCUUGCGUCCGCA